GGAUGCUAUAUGAAAAAUUAACUCAUGCUUGGAGUGCAAUUAAGCUUUUUGUUGAUAUUAAUAAUGGGAAAAGUUAUGAAUAUCUACUUUAUAAUGAUAUAAAAAUAAUACUUUUAACCAAUUUUACAACAAACAACAUCUCAAUUCAUAACCAUUUGAAUAGAACUAUGACUAUACCUUUCUUACAUAUUUAUCAUAUUGAAAACCAUAAUGGAGAUAUUCAAAGUGGGGAAAAUGAUAUAUAUUAUGACAAUGCUAUUAUAAAUCUUCGAUUAAUGGACAAUCCUAAAGAGCCAAUCAAACCAGCAAUGAACGCAGCUAAGCAAGCUCUUACACCAUCAACAAUUUUACCGGAGAUCACCUCAAAAGUUGCAUCAACAAUGAAAGAUGGUACUACAACCAAUAUUCCAACAACCACUAUGAAAAUCAUUGAAACCUCUACACAUAGUGAAACAACAACGUCGGGUGGUAAUGAUGAUUUUAUAUUCGCUUUUCGACAGAUAUCCUGCGUGCCAAAAGCAGAACCGUUUUCAUCCAAGACUAAUUCUACCAAUUUAAGAGAUUGUACUAAAUUGGGUCGUUUGGAAGAUAAGUGUAGAAUUAUAUGCUUAAACUUUUCUCUCUUAGAAUGUACUAUGUAUUUUCAGAUUGAUAUGUCUUCAAUUAAUUAUAAUGUAGAUAAAUUGUCAAAUUCAUCAAAGAUCUGCUUAUUAAAAAGUAAAUAUAGACCAAUAAACAACUGUUGAAAGUGUUAAGCUUAUAUAUUAUAUUAUUAAUAUAUUGUAAAUUGUUAAACGACAAAAAUUAAGGAACAUUUUGAAAAAAUUCAUGUAUCUCUACAAACGCCAUCUAUCAUCAAUAGAAUAAAUGAUAUACAGUAUAUGAUUUAUCUAUCCUAACUUUGCAAAAUGCACUUUUUACCCUUUGUUUUUACCACAAAGGUGUCAUGGUUUAAUGAUGAUUCAUUCAAUUAUGUUCCUUGUCUAAAUAGAUAUCUUGGUAAUUUAGAAUUCAUAUACUGUAUAAUUUCCAUCAGGAUUAGUUCGUAUAUCAAACUACUGAUAUUCGUAAGGCGUUUAAAAAUACAUAUCAUCUCCUACUCUCUUCUAAGACCGCCUUCAAUCCACAUAACUUAUACGUAUCGUUUCCCAUUAGCAAAUCUACUGGGUGCUCGGUUAGCUGGGGGAUUUCAACGUCCUCCGUGUAUGACCGUCUAUUUAGUUCGUCUGACAACAAUUUGUUCUGGCUCACGAUUGCUAUCUCCGGAUAUUCCAUUGCCACUAUCUUCUUUCCAAAUACCUCAAUCUCAUACCUUGGCGCGGUAUAUGCUUCUCGUCUUCCCAUCAUCGCCAGCAUUACAGUGCUAACUCCUAUUUUCUUGGCCUUUAUCUGCUCUAUAACUCCCUUCCUUAUGAGUGUGAUAUCCACACUAGUGUCCAGCAUCGUCACUAGGCUUCUUCCAUUUACUUCAAUUACCAUCACUGUUAGAUCUGUACUCAGUGACUCUAAAGGUUCAAACGUUACUGUCUUAAUAGGAGGGCGUUUUGUGGUACAUUUAUGUAGCCAGGGAUGUCUUUUGGUAUUGCAGGUCUCGCAGGGUGAUCGUACACAUUUGUUGGCUUGGUGAGUGUGACUUUGUAAGCAAUUUUCACAUAGGCCUAAGUUCCUCACCACUUGCAAUUUUUCCGGCCUUCUCAGUCUUUUGAAUUCCGCGCAUGAUUGCAGAGUAUGAUGCUUUCCGCAUUUGAAACAAGAUGCAUUAUAGUUGAUCCCUCUGCUGUGCUCAUGUUGUGGUCUUCUCGUUUCAGCACGUGAUGUGAACUUUGUUAUAAGUCUGACAACCUUUGCAUAGUCUUCAAUGAACUCUGCCAUGUUGUUCAGGCUAAUCUUGUUACCGUUCUCAAAAGUUUUAUUUGUCCAUUCCCUACGUAGGCAGUCAUCCAUACAGAACUUGGCUGCCACGAGUCCGAUAACUUCUAAUUGUUGUUGGUGGCCAUCUUUAUUGUCUGUUUCGAACUCAGACUGAAUUUUUCUCAGCAAGCGCGCCAGUCUUUCCUGGCUUUCAUAGUCACUCUCCUUUACAAGCCCAAUCUUUUGGAGUCUUGUCAAUGCUCUGGUUGCGUCAUGCUGUAUUUCCCCAUAUUUACGUUGGAGAUACCGAAGUGCACUUUUAUAACAUCCAAGAGGUUCCCUUUUUUGGUAUUCUUCUAAUUCACGCCUGAUGUCCGGGCCCAACUGAGCAAGCAAUAGAUCGAGCUUGUCCCAGUCAUCAAUAUCGUAUUUGUCUACCAAUCGUUCAUGUCUCAUCAUAAAUACCUCGAAAUAGGUGGCAUCUCCAUGAAAGAUCGGUCGAGUUGAUGAUAACCGACUUUCAAACGCGCCAGGUGGCUCUUUUGCCUGUUCUUUACGAGGGUUUUCCAGGUUAGAAGGGCAACUGGUAUGACCUGUAUCGCACUCUCCCCCCAACAAUGCUGGGGAAGGAGCUUUGGUAGCCACUGACUUCUCCGUCUUUUCAUCUCGCCUCCUCUCUAUCCGAUCAGCGAUCUCUUGUUUAGCCUCUGUGAGUGCUCUUCCAUAUUCUUUCAGACUCUUAUGCUCGAAUUCUCUCAAUCCGGUGCUAAUGUCUCGCACAUCUCCACCCACCUUUGCCAGAAAUGCCUCCAUUUCACCUUUCUUUAUUACCCCUCCUAUGGCCAGUUUUAUUUCACGUCUUAGAGAAUCCAUGAUCCUCAUCUCCAUCUCAUGUUGACUUUGCUCGAAACUCACUACAUGUCUCUGUAGAAUCGCUUCACAUUCAACCAUAAUCUCUUCACGUUGUACGUUCAUCCAUUCCCUGUCUGUUUCUUGUGAGCUUGAAACUAUUGCUUCGUCUCGUCCUAUCUGUUCCCCCGUAGGGGUGUUUUCCUCAUCAUUCAACAACCUUCUCAUUCUAUCGUAAACUAACACAAGUUCAUCAUUUGUCUUCUUGGUUGUUUGACCACCGACACCAUACCACUGAUGAGUAUUUCUGGUGUUCAAUGCAUCUGCUGCGCCAACAGGAGUCCAAUUCUUUUGUAAUUCAUUAUCUUUCUCUACGUCAUCAGAAGUCCAGUUUAUAUCUUUCACUGGGGUGUUGGCCAUCGCCUUUUUUUUUAUUCUAAUCCCACGAGUUCUCCUAGAUUGAGUUCCAUCGUCGUCAGUGUCAGAUUCACUGACCUCUCUUGUUUCAAUGCCUCCUACUAGUUUUCUCGCCCUUCCAUCAUCGAAUAUAUUCCACUCUACAUUUGAGCUUGGGCUCACCAGUUCUGGUUGAAAUUCAUUGUCACAGUCGCUCAGCAACUUGCUAACCCCUGUUUUCCUUCCUGGAGUGACUUCAGCCCCCACUAUUUCCAUGUUCACCUCGCUGUCUUGUGGUCGUUCUGCUGCCGGUUCGUACCCAUUUUUCAAAGCCAAUUCAAUCUCCUUAAUGCUAUCUAAUGACAUUUUCUUUUCCUUCUCCCACACUGUUCUUUUACACUUCCUUAAACGCUGCUCAUGAAAUUUUGCUCGGGCGCUGACACUACUCAUCUCCACUAUGAUCACGUGUUGUCGGCUUGUACAUGAGCAAUGUGAUUGAAUGUUUUCUGGGAUGUGCGGUCCACAAUUUGUGGAUCGCAAAUUUAAGGAUUCGUGAAUUGCGAAUUAUGGACAACAGGGCACAGCGCGCAGAUUGUCGAUGGAUCAUGCAUUCAUACAUUCAUAUCACCAUUUCAAGGAGGAUGAUUAAAAGUAAAUUAUCUGAAACAUCUUCUUUGUAUUGUCGUGUAAUAAGAAUAAGAGCUGUAGAGUUUGUCAUACAUGAUUUUCAUUGACAUACAAAUGAUAAAAAAUA